GAGUUGGACAUGUCAACGACACACAAACGUGCAAACUUUCAAAGCAACUCCAAAGUAGUUGAAGCUGCGCGUGCGUGGAAAGGAGGAAGAAGAAGACGAGAAGCCUUCCCGCGGGCAUGUUCGCGCGUGUGCGCGGGAGAGAGAUGCUUGGUGGCCACGUCCCCUUGGAGACUGCACACACACACACACACACACACACACAACACGUGAUGAGCUUUAGUGCGCGGCUUUAGACGGACACACACACACACACACGGAGGAGGAGAGGCCGACGACUCCCAACACACAACCAGCUUUCUUCGACUCUUUCUCUCGACUUGUGCCUCCGGGAGGAAGAGGAGGAGGAGGAGGAGGGAGGAAGGAGGGAGGGAGGGAGGGAGGAGGAGAAGCCGGAGUAAAGUUUGUCCAAGUUUGCACAUCCCUUCGGAAACGCCAUUUUGAUUCCUCUCCUCUUCGGAGCAACUUUGCAGCCUCUCUCUCUCUCUCUCCCCCCUUCAUCACCCCAUCCUCGUCAUCAUCAUCAUCAUCAUCCUCCUCGCCACGAUGUCUCGGCGUAAGCAGCCCAACCCCAACAAAGUCCGACUGUGAGCAGUGGUCGCAGGCACUCACACCUCAAACCCCACCCCAACUCGCAAACCGCCCCUCCGAGAGCGACGCGAGCGAGUGCACGUUCUCGCUUUUCGAGAAGGACGUAGCAGCCAUGGAGGACGCCACAGAGGAGUUGCAGGAAGUGGAAGGAGCCAGCCCGAUGAUGAAUGGUGAGGAGGCGGACUUUAAAGAGGACACGCCUCAGAGUGGCACAACAGAUGAACCUGACGCGGCCACCGACGAGACGCUACAGAGUGGCGAUCAAGGUGGCGGCAGCGGGGGAGGAGACUUGUCCUCCAUCAACGCCAUGAUGUCAGCGGUAAUGUCAGCAGCGGGGUCCAUUAACGGUGAAGGAGAAGCAGGAAGUGACGCCACCUCUGGCCCCUCCCCAAGCCCCUCCCCUAACAAGACAUCAGCUCAGAGAGCGCCACCCGGCCGCAACGUACGACGCAUCCAGCAGGACGUCAAAGAAGACCACUCGACUCACGUGUGUCCACUGUGCGACAAGAGCUGUCAGAGUCAGCAUCAGCUGACCAUGCACAUCAGACAGCACAACACCGACGCGGGGGCGACGGACCACUCGUGCAGCAUUUGCGGCAAAUGUCUGAGCUCGGCGUCGUCGUUGGACCGACACAUGCUGGUGCACAGUGGCGAGCGACCAUACAAGUGCAACGUCUGCGGACAGACCUUCACCACCAACGGGAACAUGCACAGACACAUGAAGAUCCAUGAGAAAGACCCGGCCAGCGGCCUGCUCCAAGUCAGUCCCCCCUCACCUACCAAACGGCGGAGGCCAUCUAUGAAGAGGAGACAAGGCAUGGAGGACGAGAGUGGAGACGAGCCACCCUCCAAGAAGGUGAUGGAGGACUCCGCCUUUGAGGAGUCCCCAGUGGGGACGACUACGGCAGCAACAGCGGGUGCCCGGGGCGUGGACGAGGAGCUUCUCCCCUGUCCCAUCUGCUUCAAGACCUGCAGCAGCAGACUUGAGCUGGACACACACAUGGACACACACCCCGACACCACACUGAGGUGUGACUUCUGCUGCCUUUCUUUCCGAACCCACCGUGGAUUGUUGCGUCACAACGCAGGCGUCCACAAGAUCCUUCCCCAAGACCCCAGCGGCCGCCCCUUCAUCCAAAACAAUCCCUCCAUCCCCAGCGGAUUUAAUGACCUGGCCUUCAUUGAUUUUUCCUGCAAGAAGUUUGCUCACAUUGCACAGGUCUGGUGCGAGACGAACCUUCGCCGCUGCGUCAGUAAGUUCCAUCGCUUUGUGUGUGAGUGCUGCGACAAGGCUUUUCCACUGCACUCAGCCAUGGAGCUCCACAAAAGCACCAUCCAUAUAGACACACCCAAGGAUGCUAUGGAACACAAGGCUGCAGAGAGGAAAGAAGAGACCGCUACCCAAAAAAAUGAUGUCAAGGAACGUCAGAAUGACUCCAAGAAUGGUCUUUCUACCAAGCAGUCCAAUUUCUUGGAGGCACUCGGUCUCAAGCACAUCUCUAAGGUCAAGUUGGGACCCACAGAUGAUGAGAUCCACCAGGCCCACUUGGACAGCAUCAAGGUGAUCCAUGUGGAGCAACUGAGCUCCAGCCUGCCACAAGACCACGCCUACCUGGCAGGAGGUCUAGGUCUGACUCUGGGAGUGGGCGGGGUGACGGCACUCAGCAUCCCCCUGCUGGACCAGUCAGGCACGGCGUCCACUCUGCAGGGUCUUUCCCAGCGGGACGCCCUCAGCUUGCUCUCCUUGCAGCCCUACCAGGCAAGCUUCCGCAUGCAGCCUGAUGGUGCUACCACCGCUGCUGGCGCAGCAACAUCUGGCGUCAAACCCGGCGAGGUUGGCGGGAUCAUGGAGCUGGCAGACAUACAGCAGAUGCUGAAAGUGGCCACUACAUCCCCCAGUCAGAUGGGAUUGAGCAUCCCCACACUGGCCAAAGCUGCAGGGUUCACUGGAGGACAAGGUCAAGUCCAAAACCAAAAGGCAAUGCCUCCAUUGAAACCCAAACCUCCAAUCACACCUCGCACCAGCCUUACUGCAACAACACCACCGCCCCUCCAGAGUUCCCAGCAGGCUUCGCUGGGCUGUAUCAGUCCCAGCCUGCCGCCCCCGACCCCCACCCUUUGCAAAACGCCCUCCUCUUCCUCUUCGUCCUCCUCAUCAGCAGGCGGCAGCCACUUGGAAGCUGAGUGUCCUCUGUCUGAUUCACCGCCUGCAGCCACCACCGCUGUGCAUGAAGAGGAGGGGCUUAGUCGGAAGAAACCAGGAAGCAAAGCAGUUAACGAGGGCGGCGUCUCCAAUGCUGGCUCGGCUAAAGGCUCCUACCCCUGUCGCUUCUGUGACCAGGUGUUCUCCUUUUCGGGCGUCCUGCAAGCUCACAUGCGCUUCCACCUGGGGAUUCUGCCUCACCAGUGCAACAUCUGCGAUUACGUGGCCCCCGACAAGGCCACACUCAUAAGACACUUGCGCACGCACAGCGGCGAGCGUCCGUACAUUUGCCGUGUCUGCCACUACCCCUUCACUGUCAAGGCCAACUGUGAGCGCCACCUCAGGAAGAAGCACGCCAAGACGUCCAGGAAGGACAUCGAGAAAAACAUUAAGUGUGUCUUUUCAACCACGCUAAACGCCACCACCGCUCUUGCCACAGGUACCACCACCGUUGAUCCUGGUACAGGAAGUACCGGAGCAGAGACGGUGUGUCGGUUUUGUGGUGAGGACCUGAAGACAUACCGGGCACGGCAGAUCCACUUGCGCACACAUAAUGGCUGUCAGAGGAAGCCAUUUGAGUGCCGACGCUGUGGCGCUGCCUUCCUGGCAAAGCGAAACUGCAUCCACCACCUGCUCAAGCAGCACCCUGAGGUGCAGGAGCGUGAGAUUGAGGAGCACAUUGCUACGCUUCAGCCGGCUGCCUCUGUCACCUUUGUUCGCACAGCCCCCAACAGACUGAGUCAGCCACCCAUGCAGGCAAUCAAAUUGGAAGCAAUGACUAACCCCAUUUAUCACGAAGAACUGGAUCAGCCUCUGGACUUCUCUGCCAAAGGUCGCGGAGGUCUUGUGGCAUCUCCUGGGGUCAAAAUGGAAAGUCUCUCCCCUAGUCUAGACUGCCCAGCCCUAGACGAGCCCAUUGACCUGUCCAUACCCAGCAAGAGGCAGAAGCGGGAAGCCACCAUUAUCAGUGAGAAGCGGGAGAUCAAGAUGGAGCAAAGUGGCAUUAACAUCAUCGAGCAGCACAUUGUCGCCAAAGAAGACAAGAUGGUGGCCACACUGCCUGUGGGCUGCUACCAGUUCACCCCUGGAUCCACACCUCCCCCUACCUCCCUCGCCAACCUCAGCACAUCUACAAGACCUCAGCGCCUCAAGCCCCUCCUUCCUAAGCCCGUUUCCUCAUCCGUAGCUCCUCAGACCGCCCUGAAAGAGCUCCCGCCUCUGGCGUCCAUAGCUCAGAUCAUCCACUCAGUGUCCGGCGCGCCGGACCUGCUGAAGAGGGAGGUGGCCACGCUAGAGGCGAAACCUCAGCCGGCUUCUGAUUCAACCUCAGACCUUACGGGAAGUUCCGCCCUGCAGGAGCCACCAAGUGAUGACAACAGCAGGAAGAGAACUAGGAAGAAGACCGCCACCCUCGCCAUCAAGGACCAGAGUGUUCUGAGCAGCGCUGUCGACCUUGAGUCCAGCGGCGAGUUUGCCAGCGUGGAAAAGAUGCUCGCCACUACAGACACCAACAAGUUCAGCACCUACCUGCAGACCGGGGCGGGCGACCUCACAUCCAAGAAAGAUGCCGAGAGAGCAGGAGGAGGCGGGGACAAGGACAGCGGCCCGAGAGAGGAAGCAAAGACAUCUGUGUUGCUUCCUCAAUCAAAAGGGAAGAAGAACGCGUACUCCAACUCUGUCCAGAAGAUGACUUGUCCUUUCUGUCCUCGAGUCUUCCCCUGGGCCAGCUCCCUGCAGAGACACAUGUUGACGCACACUGGCCAGAAGCCCUUCCCAUGUCCACGCUGCGACGCAUUCUUCUCUACCAAGUCCAACUGUGAGCGACACCUUCUGAGGAAACACGGCGUUACCAACAGAACACUGCGACGCAACGGUGCCGUUAUCAAAAAAGAAGGCGACGAAGGCUCACAAGAGAGCGCGGAGAGUCAGUCCGAGACAGAGCAGCUUGUAACAGAACCACAGAGCGCUGAUGAGCCUCCAGCCUUUGAUGCCGACCCUUCCACUGACCUCAAAGACACUCCCUCAGAGUCGCAGGGGGAGGAAUCGACUCCUACCAGCCCCACCCACAGACCCAGCCCUGGGUCCAGUCCUGCUCAGCAAGUAGAACCACAAUCUCCUAAAAAGCCAGAUCUACAGGGGGCAGCGGAGACAGAAACUAAACUAGCUCCCAGUGCCAAGAUGGAGAACGCCGACGAUGACGACUGUCACAGCAACAAAAGUUUGGACCUCAACUUCGGCAGGAAGCUCAUCGAUUUCAAGCUGUCUAGCUCCGCCCCCUCCACAGAGAGUCCACAGGAGGUGACAGAUAAGGACAAGACUAGCAGCGUCAACGCUUCCUCGGCUUGCACCACCCCCGCCGCCAAGCCUCAGCCUGAGUACAAGCACGUGUGUCGCGUGUGCAUGAAGAGUUUCCGCUACGCCACCACCCUCGCUCGCCACGAGAGGGCGCACCUGAACGAGGAGACACCGGCAAAGGCGAUGUCGCCGCAGAAAGAGGAGGAGGCAGAGAGUGAUGUCGCCAAAGAGCCAGAAGAGGAGAAAGAUGAGGGGCCUAAGAAGGAGGUGGAGCCUGACGAGGGCGGCGGUGGGAGCGAAGCAGGCGAGAGCAGCGAGUCGGAGGACGAGGACAAGGAAAAGGAAGAACGCAGUGACGAGGAGGAGCCAAAGAGCAGAGAGGGUGGAGACGCGUCGGGAGGUCGAGUGGACAAACGCAAGAAGAUCUGCAACGUGUGCGCCAAACGCUUCUGGUCUCUGCAGGACCUGACCCGACACAUGAGGUCACACACAGGCGAGCGGCCGUAUCGCUGUCAGACGUGCGAUCGCACCUUCACACUCAAGCACAGCCUGGUCCGCCACCAGCGCAUCCACUCCAAGAGCCGCGACGCAGACGGCGCCAGUGAGGACGGCGACUCCUGCGCCGCCACGCCCACCUCCACCUGCCCGCCCUCGGAGAACGAGAGCGAGAGCGCCAAGGACUUGGAGGAGGUGGACGCUGCCGAACUGGAGGGAGGAUCUGAUCCUGAACAAGUCGAGGCCCUGUCCGCUGCUUCUGAGGAGGCGGCUGGACGAUGUGCAAACCCCCAGGAUGCCGCUGACAAUGAGAGGAGUGAUACGGCUGCUGAAGACCCUCCCAAAGACCCACCCCCAGGCUUGGGCUCUGCCCCUGCUGAGGCCAUCAUCCAGGACCUGCUGGUGAUUCGUGUCCCAUCCCCCAUGGAUCAGAUGCUGCCCAAUGGGGAGCCCCCAUUGGUGGGUGUGGACUGAGGAUGCCGAACCUUUGAGAAGCCUUGAAGUGCCUUACUACUCGUCCAUCUUCAUCACUGAGGAGGAUGAUGAUGAUGACGUCCUUUUAUAGCUUUUUAACUUUUUUGUUUUGUUUUGGAAGAUCAAGAUGGCCGACGGCUGUGUGUCUCACGGCAUGUGCGUGCGCAAAGAGACGCAUUUUGUAACUGGAAAUGAUGGCGGACAGAUUUGCCGCCACCUCUGCUUGUGUGGGGCGGAGCGGAGGCUCACACUUUAGCGAACUUCUCAGUUUAUUCCAACGUGCACAACGUUGCACGGGGGGACUUUUCUCAGUUUUUGGGUGACUUUUUGGUGUCGGGCGGGAAUUUUUCUGGGUUUCUUUUCUAAAUAUAUAUAUAUAUAUACACAUACAUACACAUAUUCAUAUGUAUAUGUGUGUGUGUCUAAGUGAUCAAAUCAAAUUUAGUUAAAUGUGUGCGUGCGUGCGCGUAUUCUUGUCGGCUUUCUUCUGGUGCCUCGGCCUCGCUCGCACUGACCCGGGUCCAAUUUACCUCAACGCGUCAAUCAUGUCUUCCUGCGAGCCAGUAUGGCUAAACUGUUAGCUCGGCCGCUGAGCUUACAGCUAAGCGCAGCUAGCUUGUCAGUCGGCCCCUGCUAGCCUGCUUUGUGCAAUUAGCCUUAACGCACAAGAAAUGGCGAUUAGCUUUGGCUUAACAUCACCUCAGCUUCUUAAGGGCUGAAAGUACUUAGCCACAGCUCUUAGCCUGUGUCUAUAAAGGGCUAACAUAUCAGUUCAGUCAUGACGUUAUUAGCCUUAGCUCGGUUUUUGAAGUCAUGGGUUAGAAGCACACUUUUGGCGAGUGGACCAGACCAGCUAACAAGCUAACACGUCGAAUAGCUUCUAGCUAACCACAGGCUACGCCGGCCUGCUGUAAGUAUUAGCACGUGACAUUUUGACCCAAUUUAACCCCCCCCCCCCCUCCCCCCGAUUAAUUUCCUCUUUCAUGCGAGCUCAAAGAACGUUAAUACAUUAAAUACUAACGUGUUGUUGUUUUUUUAUAAAUAAUUGCGUCAGAGACAAUCAAUUUGAGGAAAGAAAGAUAGCUGGGAUGAAAGUACAACACUAUGUUGUGUCACUGGAUUCAUAGCAGCCACGUUGUUUCUUUUUUGCUUGGGGGCGGGGGUCUUUUAUGUUUUUCACAUCAACCAACCUGAAAAUAGACACACAAAAAAACCUCAGCAAUAACAUUUAACAAUAAACUAACUGAAUCGGUCUGACUGGACACUAACUCUACUACUGCUAGUACGUAUCACCAUAUUGAUUCCCGAGCGUGGCCACCGCUGCCGCUCACUGCUCCUCUCACCUCCCAGGAGGCGGAACAAGGGGAUGGGUCGAAUGCAGAGGGUAAUUUCACUUCAGCUAGUAUGUGUGAGACUAUCAGUGGUACUAUAACUUUAAAUACUAGUACAGGGGUAGGGAACCUUUGGCUCUAGAGCCAGAUGUGGUUCUUUUGAUGACUGCAUCUGGCUCUCAGAUAAAUCUUAGCUGACAUUGCUUAACACGAUAAGUCAUGCAUAAUUCCGCUGGUAAUCACAGUGUCAGAAGUAAUGUUCAAAUUACAAAACAUUCUCAUGCAUUUUAAUCCAACCAUCCAUUUUCUACCGCACCUGUUCAAGAUGUCGCAUUAAUGGUAAGAAGUAUUAUGUUUAUUAUUGGUUAACUUUAAAAUUACAAUGGUAUUAAAAAGAAUAAGAGACUUAUUAUACUCUAAAAAUGUUGGUCUUACUUAAAAAUGCACGCAUUUAGUUGUAUUCAGUGUUAAAAAAAUAUUAUAUGGCUCUCACGGAAAUACAUUUUGAAAUAUCUGGCUUUCAUGGCUCUCAGCCAAAAAGAUUCCCGACCCCUGUGCUAGUACUUAAAUACUAGUACUACUGCUAGUACUUAAAUACUAGUACUACUGCUUGUACUUACAUACUAGUACUACUGCUAGUAAUUAAAUACUAGUACUACUGCGUGUACUUACAUACUAGUACUACUGCUAGUAAUUAAUACUAGUACUAUUGCGUGUACUUACAUACUAGUACUAUUGCGUGUACUUACAUACUAGUACUAGUGCGUGUACUUACCUACUAGUACUAGAGCAUGUACUUACAUACCAGUACCACUGUGUGUACUUACAUACUAGUACUAGUACAUGUACUUACCUCCUGGUACUACAGCAUGUACUUACAUACUAGUACUACUGCGUGUACUUACAUACUAGUACUACUAAGUGUACGAACAUACUAGUACUACUGCGUGUACUUAGUAGUACUACUGCAUGUACUUACACACUAGUACCACUGAGUGUACUUACUAGUACUACUGCGUGUACUUACACACUAGUACCACUGAGUGUACUUACAUACUAGUAAUACUGCGUGUACUUACAUACUAGUGCUAGUACUUACAUAACAGUACUAGUGCGUGUACUUAGUACUACUGCGUGUACUUACAUACUAGUAUUACCGAGUGUACUUACAUACUAGUACUACUGCAUGUACUAACAUACUAGUUCUAGUGCGUGUACUUACAUACUAGUACUACUGAGUGUACUUACAUACUAGUACUACUGCUAGUAAUUAAAUACUAGUGCUACUGUUAGUACUUAAAUAACUACUACUGUGUGUACUUACAUAUUAGUACUACUGCUAGUAAUUAAUACUAGUACUACUGUGUGUACUUACAUUCUAGUACUAGUGCGUGUACUUACCCACUAGUACUAGAGCAUGUACUUACAUACUAGUACCACUGCGUGUACUUACAUACUAGUACUACUAAGUGUACGUACAUACUAGUAAUACUGCGUGUACUUACUAGUACUACUAUGUGUACUUACAUACUAGUACCACUGAGUGUACUCACAUACUAGUAAUACUGCGUGUACUUACAUACUAGUGCUAGUACUUACAUACUAGUACUACUGCAUGUACUUACAUACCAGUACUAGUGCGUGUACUUAGUACUACUGAGUGUACUUACAUACUAGUAUUACUGAGUGUACUUACAUACUAGUACUACUGAGUGUACUUACAUACUAGUACUACUGCGUGUACUUACGUACUAGUUCUAGUGCGUGUACUUACAUAUUAGUAUUCCUGCAUGUACUUACAUACUAGUACUACUGCAUGUACUUACAUACUAGUUCUAGUGCGUGUACUUAGUACUACUGCGUGUACUUACAUACUAGUAAUACUGAGUGUACUUACAUAGUAGUACUACUGAGUGUACUUACAUACUAGUACUACUGCGUGUACAAAUACUGCUACUAUGGCAGCCAUUUUGUCCAAACCUGUCACAAUCAGAAUUCAUCCUGCAGAACUUUUGACUUAUCUUUAUGGGGGGGCUUCUUAUCAUCUCAUUUAGUUUUGUGUUCAGUGACAAAGUGUCGAGUGGAUUUUUUUGUAAGUUAUUUCAAAAACAAAUCUAGAAGUAGGGAGAUUUGCGAGUGCUAAUAAUUAGCAUCAGGCUAACAACACCUCACUAGUGUUCCCGCCCAAACAGCGGGGGUCGCAGCUUGUGUCGUUUGAAGUAAAUUCCGGUUCUGUCUAUCAAAUUGUUUAAAGUUUAAAUAAAAUGUUGGCUUUUGUCAAGUUAAACGAGUUAACUGUAAUACUCACCAGUCAAGGGACUGUCCUUUUUUCCCCUUAAUUAUGGCUUAGUUAAAGCCGUGAGCCCCGCCCCUUUUCAACAUGACGUAUGAACUUGUGUGAAUCCUGGACUUCCGGUUGAUUGUUUUCUUUCCAUUUUUUUUUUUUUUAUAUAUGGAAAUGUAUUUAUUUGAAGCCCAGGUGUGUGUGCGUGCGCCACCUGACGACGAGAAGCCAUGUUUGAAAAGACAAAAAAAAAAAAUCUCACGUUGAUGGUUGGCGUGAUGACGUCACUGUGUCGCGAGCACGCGCAGCUGGCCGGGCUGCAAACGAGCAAUAAGAAUCCAAAAGAGGAAAAAAAAAAAAAAAAAAGCUUUAAUUAAAUCCAUUAAAGUCCAUUUUUUUGUUGCUUCUUUUUCUUCAUCAACUUUAAAAUGUUUAAAAACUGUGAAAUUAUUUUUUUUGUUCUCUUCUGGGUGACUUGUAGAAUAGUUUUUGCAUGUUAAUCAAACGUGUUCAAAAAGGUUGUUGAUUUCGUUCCACACACACGUCUAAGAAAUAAAGUAUGAUUUUUGCUCUCAGGUUUUUGUUGACACUUUCUAAAAAAAGUUGUUUCGGUUUCCUGAGCUGCAAACUGUUAAACGAUUUCAUUUCAUGUUCUGUCAAUCACUACACAAGCACUUGACUGUGAACACACACACACACACACACACACACAAAAGGUCACACAGCAUGAAGACACAAAUAUGUUGUGUAUUUCAGACAAAUAAGAUGCAAAGAAAAUAAAGAUGAUAAGUCAAA